AUGAAUUUUAAAAACAUUGUUAUAUUUAUUAAAAAAAAUAUAGUGUUACCUGCCACAUUACGAGGUCUAGGGGAAACACUUGAUGAGAAUAGGCAAAAAUAUAAAUGUGGGAACCAUCAAUUCUACCAAGAAUGGAUAUUUGAUGAUCAAGGAAAAUGUCAUCUAAUGUUUGGAUGUCCUGAACUUGUCAAUAUAGUAGUGUCAAGUGGUGGAACCGAACUUCAUGCUGACGGGACGUUUAAAGUUGUCCCAUCGAGACCCAAAUGUAGACAAUUGUUCAUAAUUCACCUUAUUAUACAAAAUCACUCUAUUCCAAUAUGUUAUGUAUUGAUGGAGUCAAAAACUCAAGAGGCAUAUAUAAAAGUGCUAAAUAGAUUCAAAGUUAUUUUCCAAAAUGUACAACCAUCAGUCAUAAUGACAGACUAUGAAAGGGGAUUGCGUAAUGCAUUUGCUAUAACAUAUCCCGAAGCUGAACUUGUAUCAUGUUAUUUUCAUUAUGUUCAAAGUUUAUGGAAAAAUAUUAAAAAAAUGCAGUUGACAGCAUAUCUACGCCAUAAUGAACAUGGUAAAAUGUGUUUGAAAAUGAUGAUGGUACUUGCCCUAUUACCAGCAAAUGAAAUUGAAGAUGGGUUUCAGGACAUAAAAGAUUAUGCUCUUGUAAAUGAUGUAAAUAUGGCUAGAUUCUUCACAUAUUUCUCAAGUUUUUGGCUAGUGCAAAUAGGACCACAAGUAUUUUCUGUGUAUGGCAAACCAAGACGAACCAAUAACAACAUUGAAAGUUUCCACAACAAACUUAAAGAUGAAUUUCAAGUGUCCCACCCAAAUUUGUGGACUGUACUAGGACAUUUGCAAAAUCUAAGUCAGUUGCAACACGUGGUUAUUAAUCAAUUAAAUAAAGGACUCCCAAUUACAAGAUCAGUUAAAUAUAAAUAUAUUAUAAAUUCAAGAAGAAUUAAAAUGUGUACUGAAAAACUGACGUUAGGAAUUAUAACGAGAAAGGAAUUUUUAUUACAAUGUUCCCACACAGUUAAUGGGUAUCUUGAAAGAGAGGCCAAUUGGGCAAGAUUUAUAGAAAAUUAUGAUAAUGCUAUUGAAGAAAAUUUGCCAAUGCAGCUACCUAAUAACAAUGCCAUUCCACUUAUAAGGGACAAUCCUGAAAGUGAUAAUGAAGACAGACCAAAUUUGGUUGCAAAUUUUGCUGAAGAUGGACCUUUAUUCGAUAAUGGUAAAUACAAAAUUAUAUAUUUUUAA